CCGUUUGUCUAGUUUUUCCUAGACACACGGGAUAAUUGCACGGGCUUUUAAUGUUCUCAUGGUUUUAUUGUAAUGAGAAAACGUCAGUCCCGUGGAGAAUAUUCAACGGUGGCUCUUCCUUUCUUCAGCUAAAUCAUGGUUUCACUUUCUCGAAUCCUUUUAAACUCCCUUUGCACUGUGUAUUUAUCAACUAAAUUUAAUAAUAACGAGUGGUCAUUGAUUAUCAACGCUUUCUUUGAUCUCAUUGUUAGGAGUUUCUGCCGGGAAAUUCGAAUUUAAAAAUCAGACAAAUUGGAACGUUACUUUUAUGGUUCAAUUGCGCUCGAUGAUUGGUAUUAUAAUUUUUCACCCGAGUUCAAUCUUUUGACCUAAAAAGUCGGGAAUGAAUGAUUUAUGUUAUGGAAGGAGCUUUAUUUAUUAAACAAUUCGGUUGUUCUCUUUAUUUCGGAAUUUUAAUUAAUUAAUACCGAAGGGUCGACUGUUAGAUUUCAGGGACAAGAUCGCAGUGUCAAUUUCCCGAGCCGUUAAAUUCGAGAGCGGAGAAUUAUUUCUCCGUUGGUCAUGAAAUUGUCUAGAUUUUUUAAGAUCAAUCCCAUAAAAGUCGUUUUAUAAUUAACCCGCGAAAAUUCAUACUUCAAAUCCCCAGGGCAACAAAAAAAUACUAAACACGAGAGUUGCACAUAUUUAUUAUAUCAUUCUUUCUAAAUUAAUAUUGAUACAACAUUGACCCAAUUAAAACCAUUUAAUUACCUCUUUAGAGGCAAAAAGGAUUAUGAUCUCCCACUAUUUCUACAACAGAUCGUACGGGAGUAUAAAUACAAAAAAAAGGACAAAAUGAAAACAACUAAGCGGGAACUUCGUAUAACUUUCGAAGUUAAGAUAGUAAGAAACGUCCAUUGGGUCCAGACCAAUCGCCACUCGUUGCCCGGGCUAGAAAGAUCGGCAAAGUCAACUCUCGAUCACUUUCUUCAGCUGCACCAGGGCGACGAGUUGGGUUUAUCAGGAGUUUCUUUUUAUUGAUUCACUUUUCAGCCAAAAAUAAUAACCGGAGAUUUAAAAGUCGUGUUUUCCCGGGAAUGGAUUCGUUCGAUUAAUUUUUGCCGCGAAAAACUGAAAGGAUUUACAGUGAAGUGAUAAAACUAAAGCAAUUUACUCGAUUUUCCAAUAGAAAAAAUUGUGGGAUGGAUUUCCAUGCUGGAAUAUUGGUGAUCUGUUUUGUCCUGAGUGGAACAGAAAUAUCGAGUGCUAUGAUGAGGGACAAUCGUGCUGAUCAUCCGGAAUGCGGUCGUCCCGCAGCUUCGCAGAGGCAACCCAGAGAAGAAAUUCAACCGAGACGAAUAUCCACGACAAAAACCACAGGGAGAAUAUUCAACGGUAAACCGAGUAAAAAGGGCUCGUGGCCGUGGCAAAUAUCCUUGCAGCUUUUGCACCCAAAACUAGGAUUCAUUGGUCACUGGUGCGGUGGAGUCCUGAUCGAGAAGUCGUGGGUCCUCACUGCCGCCCAUUGUAUUCACAAUGAUCUCUUCAAUCUUCCAAUCGGCGCUCUCUGGACAGCAGUAGCUGGUGAAUGGGAGCUCGACUCUGGAAAUCGUGGAUCAGCCAGAAUUCCCAUUGACCGAAUAUUUAUUCACGAGCAGUUCAACAAUUACGUUCAUGACAUUGCUCUGAUGAAGCUGAGCAGACCAGCACCACUCUCCAAAGUCAUCCGGACGAUAUGUUUGCCAGAAGCUGAUGAGAAAAUAUCAGGUACUAAUUGCGUUGCAUCUGGUUGGGGCAGGUCUGGACCAUCGCCUUCACUCUCCAAUGCUCUCCUUGAGGCCAAAAUUCCAUUAUUAAAUAUUGAAGAGUGUAAAAAGGCGUAUGGAAGUUCUGUGUACCUGAGGAAAGGACAUCUGUGCGCUGGACACACUGAUGGGUCUUCUGGAAGUUGUGUCGGAGAUUCAGGAGGACCUCUUCAAUGCCGCAGAUCCGAUGGAGUCUGGCAGCUCGCGGGUAUCACAUCCUUCGGCUCUGGUUGCGCUCGUCCUGGAUUUCCUGAUGUCUACACCAAAGUCCAGUACUACGUGGACUGGAUUAAAAAAACAAUGAAAUCAAACGAAAACGACUGGAGAUGAUUUCUUCUCGUUAUGUAGUUCUAAUAAUGCAAAAUAAAUUAUUAUUUGUUAA